AUGGAGCCGAAAGUUCUUCUUUUCUUUUUAUUAAUCGGCGCAGCCAUAAGCAUCUCAUUGUCAUGCAAUCCUGAUUCCGGUUCGAACGAAGAAGGUGGCUGCCCAUGCGGUGAAGAAAGUAUUGAACAUGAACAGCCACAUCAACAACCACGGCCAUGUCAACAUCCAUGUCAACAUUGCUCUAAACCUAAAUGUAAAGGUGGCUGUAAAGGAUAA